AUUGAUCCUAGGCCUCGCACCCCAGACUCUACUACAAAUAUUCGAGAUACUAAACAUGUCCUCAUUUGAUCCAUCACUUUCGACAAGCGGUAUGCGGCCUCCUCUGGCCUCUGCAACAGCGCCCUCAAUGGCCGACUCGCUUCCUAGCAUCAACUUUGGGUUUGAGGAAUUGCGCAGUCGCAUGGCCCAGUUUACAGCACAGUUUGAUGCAUUUAUCGAACGAGGUAGGAAACAAGUUUUGGAAGAGAGGAAUCAGUUCAAGAUUGGUCUAGCUGAGCUACAAGAGGAUGAACGGAUGAGGCAACGAGACAUUGAAAUCCUCAAUCUUAAAUCACAAACCCACGAACAGACCCUUCAGAAAGAGGCCGCGGAAGCCGCCGAAAUGCACGCUGCCGUUUCAUCUGUCACGUUAGAACGUGACUCCCGUCUCACGAAACGCGACCGGCUUAAGCAACAGAUUGAGGAAACACAGAAAGCCAUCAAUCAAAAAUUGGAAGCGCAGAGAAGUCACUCUCGCUAUCUUGACGCACAGGCGCGUCUCAACGUUCCGGAGCUUGAAUUUUGGCAAGAUUAUUUGUGCUUACGAAUUGAAGGUGCGGGUAGAGAAGAUCGGUUGAAGUUCGUUUAUAGUCAUCUGCUGGAGAAGGAUUGGGAGGCUGAAGCAUGGUUUGAACUUGGCACCUCCAGCCGCGACUAUGAAGUAUUCCAUUCACGACCCAAGUUGGAUAGGGAAUAUUUGGACCGGGAGUUAGACAUAUUGAAUGAGGACCGCGACUUUGGCGCUUUCUUGAAAAGGAUGCGCAGGUUAUUCAUCGAGGCACUGAAAUGAAAGCCAACUACAUUAUGAUUGAUAAUGCCAUAUUUUGACUUCUAAUCUUGCAACCUGGU